GCCUUCUAAUGGUUAGAAGACAAUAUUAGCUAUGACAUAAACAGAGCUAGCCUAAAUCUAUUAGCAUGACUAUCAUUAGUAAUAUGUCUGGGGUGGUUAAGUCGCCAUAAACAGGGACAAGGUCUAAAAAGCUUUUUUUUUUUAAAGGAGUGUUGAUUAUGUCAGUUUUAAGUCCACGGAUGUUCAAGAACGGGCAGUCUUUCAGUGUCGUGGUAACCUUCUGCUGAAUGAGGGCCUUUGCCGGGUGGACAAGGCACGUCGCAGCCCGGAGCUGUCACAGUAACUCGCUCUCCUUAACAGGACCAGGACACCUGAGCUGACCCAACGCUAGGCAACAAGGACGCCUCUGCUGGAAAAAAUUGAGGAUUGGCACGGGUUUGCUUCUCACUAUCACAGGAGUGUGCCACUUUGAAAUUGUGGUGAGAAGUUCCCCAGGUGCAAACUUUGGAAGUGUUUGGAAAAAGAGACGGCACAAUGGAUAACGAUGCUGUGCCGGACUACGAGUACCCAGACUAUGACCCUGUGUCCAAGAAGAUUAACAGAGAAAUAAUUCCUCCAUGUGACCCCACUGCAGAUGACAGGCUCUACCACAUAUGCAUCAGCGCAAUAUCACUUGUCGUCAUGGUGAUCCUUGCAGUCUUAGCCAGACGCACAAAAGCGGGCAGCAAACAGAAAGGACUCCCAAGUUUACUCAGUCCGGUCAACUUCCUGGACCAUACCCAGCACAAGGGCCUGGCAGUGGCUGUGUUUGGAGUGCUCUUGUGUAAACUCUGCAGCAUGGUCAUAUUACCAAACCCUCUGCCCUUCACUAGAGAAGCCGAGAACAAACAGAACUGGAUGAUCCUGGGAGUCUUCUUCUACCCCACACUUUACUACCCUCUCCUGGCAUGUGGCACCCUACAUAAUAAAGUCGGCUAUGUACUCGGUAGCCUUUUGUCAUGGACGCACUUUGGUGUCUUGGUUUGGCAGAAAAUCGAUUGCCCCAAAACUCCACAGAUGCAUAAACACUACUCUCUGUUCUCCAGCCUGCCCCAGAUAGCUUGCUUGGCAUUCCUCAGUUUCCAGUACCCACUUCUUCUUUUCAAGGGCUUGAAGGGCACUGAAAAGAACAAUGUUACCGAGGAUCUAAACAGCAGCUAUUACAGCGACUAUGUGAAGAAACUGCUCAAGAAGAAAAAGCACAUGAAAAUCAGCAUAUCAAGCACAGAGAACCCCAAGCUGCUUCAAAGAAUACAGGAUGGUGUGAAGUCCUACAUUUAUACGCCAGAGGAAGCUUUCAGGUUCCCUCUAAAGUUGGCCAUAUCUGGAGUGGUGUCAUUUAUCACACUUUAUCAGGUGGGCCUGCUGCUAAUCAUGGCCGUGGUGCCUUCACUCCAGAUUGCCCGCAUGGGAGUCGAUGAAGACAUUGCCAACGUUUUAGCCGGCUUCAGGAUCGUGCUCUCUCCAGACAAACACGAAGUCGUCCGAAUAGUGGUCUAUUACAUUUGGUGUGUAGAGGUGUGCUACAUCUCGGCGAUGACCCUGUCAAGUCUUGUCAACUUGGCAAUGUUCAUGAGGUCCAUGGUUCUCCAUCGCUCCAACCUAAGGGGCCUGUACAGGGGAGAUAUUUAUAAUGUUUAUAACUGCCAGAGAAGUAUGCGGGCUUCCCGGCCAGCGCUGGUCUGCUGGAUGGGAUACACCAGCUUCACGGCAGCUCAUGUCUGCAUCGGCAUGAUGGUCCAAACCAUGGUGUUCUUCCUCUGUCUUCUCAUCACUGUCUUCCUCAUUGUCAUGCCCAUCUUGCACGGACAGAACCUCAUCCUUUUUCAAAUCCUCUGGAGCAUGUGGCCUUUCUGGCUGAUGAUUCUUCUGGCUGUGCUGAUUCAGCAUAUCACUUCCAGGUUUUGUUUUAUUAAACGGAUGGCUGGCACACGAGAACUUGACAACAGGGGCAACCUCUUCCUGCUGACCUACCUGCUGUUUCCAGUCAAUGUUCUCAUCGGGGUGCUACUAGCAGUCUGGCGCAUGAUCAUCACAGCCUUGUUCAACAUUGUUCACAUGGGACGCAUGGACAUCAGCCUUCUGAACAGAAAUGUGGAGGCAUUUGAUCCAGCCUACCGCUGUUACGCUCAUUAUCUGAAGAUUGAGGUGAGCCAGUCCCACCCUGUGAUGAAGGCUUUCUGCGGGAUGCUGCUACAGUCUGCAAGCCAAAGGAACAAUGUCAUCCAGAGGUCACUGGAUGCUGAAGAGGGGAUCCAGCUGGUCCAGCAGGAGAAGAAGCACCUGAAGGCUUCCAGUGCCAAGCGAGCGCGAGGCCACUGGCAGCUCCUCUACACUCUGGCCAACAACCCCUCACUGGUGGGCACCAGGAAGCACUUCCAUCAACGAACGGCCACCGAGAGCUUUGUGAACGGGAGCCUGAAGGGCAGCACAAAAGACGGCAACAAGAAGGAGGCCGAGGCGGCCGCCUGCAACUGAACAAUGAAGCCUGGAUAGUGAUGAAUGUUAAUGAAUGAUGCAGUCCUGUUGUUAUUUUUCCACUCCUUACUUAGACGCGUACUUAGAGCUCAGUGCCUCUGCAUGGUAGAGAUCAUUUCAUCGUCCUGCUUUUUUUUUUUUUUUUUUUUUUUCCCUCCCUCUUCUGAGCCGUGUUGUCCCCUGGUCUUAACGUGUGGAGGUGGCGCACAGUCUCCAGUCGAUGGGAGGAGCUGGUGUAGGCACCUAUCCAUCAUGAUGUGCAAUCCUCAACCUAUUGACUUCAAUACCACUUAUUUGCCUCUACUCAAAAUACAAGGCUAAUUAGUAUCUUGUCACUUCAGAGCGAACUAAACACAUUAAUGUGCUAAGCAACAUGUUAAAGAGGGUAUUUAUUCGGGGCCUGGCUAUUUAUAGAAUCAUGUUUCAUAGACGGGGUUGUCAAUUUCCCACUUAUUUCAAUUUUUGUGUGAUUACAAGAAUGUGGUGUUUAGGAAUGACAGGCAAAUAAAAAAAAAUUGUUGUCUUGGGAAAAAAAUGACACUAGCCGCCUUUUCCUGUUGUUGCUGCAACUGCUCGCCUCUUACAGUUGUUUUUGCAUUUGCAAAAUUUCGAAUUUUAAAUGAAAAUCCCGCAAAUAUACUUAUUAUUCAAUAUAAAAUAAAACGGGGAAAUACGCUUGUGUCGUCUGUCAAUUCGCGGAGAGCAUUUUAAGACAAAACAGCGGGAUAGACAUGCGCAUUUAAUAUCUUAAUUUAAAAAAAAAAAAGUCAUGCGAGUUCCAUAAUAAAAAACAGUCGUU